AUGUCGAACGAAAUUAAGGUCUCUUCAACUGCUACUGGUCUUACCUCAUCUAGUGAAACAACAAAGUCAAGUAUUAGCUCUAUUGUUAACAAUAAUAAUAGUAGCUCAUCUUUCAAUGCUACUACCGUCACAGCUAAUAUAGACCAACCUGAUGACUCUAACAAUGAGAAACAAGCUCGUAGAAAACAAAAUCAUCAACAACAAUUAAAAAAUAAAGAUGAUGAUGUUUCUGAAUCAAUUAGUGAACAUAGUAAAUCUAAUAAUGUUAUCAAUAUUUUUAAUAGUACUCAUGUUGGAGAACUUCAAAGUUUCUCUUCCUCGUUUAAUUCUAACAAUAGACCUAAUAAAAUUAGUAAAGAUGAUUCAGAAAAUAAAUCUGAAGCUUUAGAAUCUUUACAACAAAUGAUUGCUAGUAGCAUUGGAAGAAAACCUAAUAUUAAUAAACAUAAAAAAGGUGCAUCGGUAUCUUUCUUUUUUCCCUCUGCAAACGCGUCAACAUCUAUAAACUCUAUUCAAGAUCCUGAUGACGGUAGCAAUAAACCAAUGAACAUCGAGAAUGCAUUACAAGAUACUCUUACUUCUUUGAGACCUAACGCUAAUACCAACCCUCCUCCUAUAUUUCCUGUAAAAUCUCUGGUAGAAAGUCAUGGUCGUAGACAUAGUGUUGCUCUUAAUAAUAACAAGGAUAUUUUGAAAGAACUUGAAAAAAAUCAAACUCGAACAAUAGGCGCUGAUGGAAAAGGUCAUCCUCAACCAUUCAAUCAAUUCCAAACUCUUAAUAAAUUUGGUGGUGGCUUAAAUCAAAAGAAGCAACAAAGUCAACAAAAUUCUAACCAACAACAAAGAAAAUCUCUUUUUGCUCCUUAUCUUCCUCAGGCCUCUCUUCCCUCCCACAUCAAAGCUGGUGAGCUUGUAUAUGGUGUUUUAAGAAUCAAUAAACGAAAUCGUUCUGAUGCCUAUGUGACCACGGAAACUCUUGAUACUGAUAUUUAUAUAUGUGGUUCCAAGGAUAGAAAUCGUGCUUUGGAGGGUGAUAUAGUUGCCGUGCAAUUGCUAGACCCGGAAAAAGUAUGGCAAACUAAAAAAGAAAAGGAAGAAAAGAAGCGUAAGAAAGAAGAAAGUGCUGGUAUAGAUAAAAAAAAAGUUGAUAAAAAGAAAGAUGAUGUCGAGGUUGAAGGACAAGGUUUAUUAUUAUUUGAAGAUGAUGAAAUUAUCACAGAUGAUCAACGACCAAAAUAUUGUGGUCAUGUUGUUGCUGUCAUGGAAAGAAUGCCUGGGCAAAUGUUUUCUGGUACACUUGCACUCUUACGGCCUUCUUCUUCUGCUACAAAAGAACGCGAGGCUGCUGAAAGAGCUCGUCGUGAAGCUGAAGAUAGAGCAAAUGGUAUUGAACCAAAGUUUGAAGAAUCAAAAGAUGAUAAAAGGGAUGAAAGAAUUGAACGUCCUAAAAUUGUUUGGUUUAAACCUACCGAUAAACGUGUUCCUUUGAUUGCCAUUCCAACCGAACAAGCACCAGCAGAUUUUGUUGAGAGACAUCAAAGUUAUGCACAACAAUUAUUUGUUGCAUGUAUCAAACGUUGGCCGAUCACGUCUCUUCAUCCCUUUGGUACUCUGGUGACACAAAUCGGUGAAAUUGGUAAUAUAGAUGUUGAAACACAGGCUCUUAUCAGAGACAACAAUAUCUCAACUGAGGAAUUCAAUGAGAAUGUGUUAAAAUGUCUGCCACAAACACCAUGGACUAUUCCUGAAGAGGAGAUUGAGAUGCGCCGUGAUCUACGCUCAAUUCGUAUCUUUACAAUUGAUCCAUCGGGUGCCAAAGAUCUUGAUGAUGCCAUAUCAUGUACUCGAUUGCCUGAUGGAAAUUAUGAAAUUGGGGUCCAUAUUGCUGAUGCUAGUUAUUUUGUUAAACCAAAUUCUGUACUUGAUCGCGAAGCCCGUAAAAGGGCCACGUCUGUUUAUUUGGUUCAAAAAUAUAUUCCAAUGUUGCCUAAUUUAUUGUCUGAAGACUUGUGUAGUUUAGUUUCUGGUGUUGAUAGAUCUUGUGCAAAAUUAUCAUAUGAUGAUGUGCAAGAAAUAAUCGAUGGAAAACCAUUAAAUCCUAAUGUUAAUAUUCACAAUGGUUAUUCUGCAAGCGAAAUUGAAGCUGAUAUUAGAGCAUUCCAUGAACUUUCUCAAAAAAUGCGCGAAUUACGUCACAAACGUGGAGCAUUGUCAUUAAAUUCAGUCAAACUUACUUUUGAUAUAGAUGAAAAUGAAAAUCCAAUCGAAUGUCAUGUUUACAAAUAUAAAGAAGCCAAUUGUAUUGUUAAAGAAUUCAUGUUACUUGCUAAUAUAAGCGUGGCACAGAAAAUCUCUAGUUCAUUCCCAGAACAAGCAUUGUUAAGACGUCAUGCUGCUCCUAUUGAACGUAGACUUAAUGAUUUCCUUGAACAUGCAACUAGAUUUGGUUAUAAAAUUGAUAUUUCAUCUGCUUCAGCUUUACAAAGAUCAUUUAAUACAGUUGAUAAUGAAGACGCAAGAAAGGUUUUGGAACUUCUUGCUAUUAAACCAUUACAAAGAGCCAAGUAUUUUUGUACUGGCACAUUAGAUAUUAUUAAAUAUCAACAUUAUGCACUGAAUGUUCCACUUUAUACACAUUUCACCUCACCUAUUCGUCGUUACGCUGAUGUUCUUGUUCAUAGAAUGCUUGAAGCUGCUUUAUCUGGUGAGAGGAAAUUUUAUAUUGAUAAAGAUAAUGUACAAAAAACAGCCAGUUAUUGUAAUGUUAAGAAAGAAGCAGCAAAGAAUGCACAAGAGCAAAGUAGUCACUUAUUUUUAUCUGUACUGCUUAAUAACUUGACAGUUCAAUCUGGACCAGUUAUUCGUGAAGCAAUAGUUGUAGGUGUGAAAGAACAUGCAUUUGAUGUUCUAGUGCCUUAUUUUGGUAUAGAAAAACGGGUGCAUUUGGAUCAAUUGCCUCUAGAAAAAUUCAUCUUCAAUAGUGAAAAGAUGGAGUUAACAUUGGUUUGGAAACAAGGCAUUAGCUCUUUAGAAGCAAUUUCUGAUGACUAUGUAUUUGUUGCUGAAGAGGAAGAAGAGGGCUUGGAGGUUGAUGAAGAGGCACUGCUUGCAGAUGAUAAUGAUGAUUAUCAUUAUGAAAUGAUGGAUGUGACCAGUCUUCCAAUUGAGGAUGAACAUAGACUAUUUGAUAAUAAUUCAGGUGAGGAUGAUGAUGGAUAUGAUGAAGAAACACAAAAAACUGAUGCUGUUACUAUAGAACAUACUAAUAUUACUACUAACAAUAUUACUGUUUCAUCACCUGGAGAAAAAGUUUCAUUGUCAACACCAACAUCAACAUCAGCUAAUAAAACCUCUUGCCCAGCCACCACUUCUUCUGCAACAGUUAUCAAACAACCAGAAGUGUCAAAAUUAUCUAUUGUUUCAGAUCCUACUAUUCCUAAUUCUCAAAUAAUCCGAGAACUUACUCAUCUUAAUGUUAUCAUUACUGCUGAUUGUAAAAAGAGUCCACCUGUCAUCAAAGUUUUAGCUGUCAAUUCUUUUGCUUAA